UCAACAGCGGAAGUGGUGUCGUUUGCCCCAUCGACUUCCCUCCGGUACUGACACGCAUUCACCGGUCAGCUCGGCUACUUACUGUCCCCACCCCGCCGGUUCACGCCUGUAGCUGCUUCUGCUGGUUUAUGAUCGGCCGUUGGUUCGGUUCCGUGUCUCAGAGGGUGCCGAGCUUGUUGUACCGGGUGUCGCUGAUGAUGAAUCCGCAGGUUGUGUUCGUGCUGGGCGGGCCUGGCGCCGGCAAAGGGACCCAGUGCUGCAAAAUCGUGGAGGUACGAGAGAUGGAGAGAGAAAGGACAAUGGAGACUACAAUACUGACUUUGAUGAGCUACAACUACACCCAUUUGUCAGCUGGGGAUUUGCUGAGAGAAGAGCGAGCUAGAGAGGGGUCAGAGUUCGGACAACUCAUUGCCAACUACAUCAAGGAGGGCAAAAUUGUCCCUGUGAACAUCACAAUCAACUUACUCAAGAAGGCAAUGUUGGAGACAAUGGAGAAAGAUGAGAAAAAGUUCCGUUUCCUUAUAGACGGUUUCCCCCGUAACGAGGACAACCUUCAGGGGUGGAACACUGUCAUGGAUGGCAAAGCAGAUGUCAAAUUUGUGCUUUUCUUUGACUGCGGCAAUGAGGUUUGCAUCAACAGAUGUCUAGAACGAGGGAAGAGCAGUGGACGCUCAGAUGACAACAGAGAAAGCUUGGAGAAAAGAAUCCAAACCUACCUGCAGUCUACACGACCAAUCAUUGAACUGUAUGAGAAACUUGGAAAGGUGCGGACUAUAGAUGCCUCUCGUUCUGUGGAUGAGGUAUUUGCUGAUGUGAAAGCCGUCCUAGACAAAGAGGGUUGAGUUUCUCCUGCUGCCAACAACAUUCAUUUACCUUUUAGUAGUUUUCUUUGUAUCAACUGCAAGUACACUAUAAUAAGUUUAUAUGUCCAUUCAUAUGACUUUUUACUUUCGGUUACUGUUUUUUGUUAAUUUUCCAUCUCUUUUGUAAAUUCUGCACUGGUUGUGAGUGAGAGUACUAUAUGUAUUGGUAUGAAUGAGUGAGGUAGAAAUGCUUAGCAGCUACAGUUUGUCUGCACUGUCUUUCAUCGUAGUUUGAGUUGCAUAGGAACAAAAUAUAUCAUUUGCUUAAAGGAGCACUUUGUUGUCAAUCAAAUACACUUCUAGUUACUAGAAAUCUCUCGAAAAAUGGUAUAUAUCACUAAUGUCUUCAGAGUAUCAUGUCAUUGGAAGCAGCCAUAAUGCUUCAGACCAAAUAGUUGUUUGACGUAAUGACGGCAGACUUAACACUGAACAGCCAAUAGCGUCCAAAUAAAGUGCAUAAAAUAUCUGUCUCAUGUUUAAUGGACAGCAUUACAUGGGCAUGACCUGUUGCCUUUGUGCCAUGUAGUAUUAUAAAGUGUGUUUCAGUGAAAGAUGGCUCAUUCUUCGAUGAAUAUUGACUGACUCUGUAGCAGAACACCUUGUUGUGAUUCAUCACGGCUAUGACAUUUGAAACUAGUCUAAACAUAAGAUAAAACUGAACCUUUUGUUAAAUUUGUACUGUAUCUGUACCCACUUGAAGGAGGAAAGAUAAAACUGAACAGUAAAAACAAUUACUUUUUCCCCUUUGUUUUGUUCAGUUAAUCUAAAAUUCGGAACUAUGUCAGGGUUUACUAUUUAUACUGCAUGUGCUUUAUUGUUUGUUGUUAUUUGUAUAUUUGACUAGUGGUGGCACUUGGUGGCUUUCAACCUAAUCAGUCAGCAGGGGGUGCUGGAUAUCACUGUGUAAUUUUAGCAAGUUUAGUCAAGAUUUUAUCCGAUUUCUUUCUUUUUUUCCCAAUUCACUUCAAGCUGGAUAUUACAUGCGAGAUGAAAAAUGUCUCAUUCAUCAAUAAAUAAAUAAUGAGUGAUGUAGUAAA